AUGUCAUCAAAAAAACGUAAAUGUAAACUAACUAAAGAUUAUUUUCUUUUAUACGUAAAAACUCAAAUAUAUACUAAAAAACUUGAUUGAAGAAUAUAGAAAAAUGAACAGUAGCAACAACGAAAAUAAAAAUGAAAUUUUUAAAUUAAAAAAUUUAUAUCAAAUUAAUUUAAAGUAAUUGCAAUGAUUAAUUAUAUCCUAGAAAAUAAUUCAUAUAAAAAUCAUUAAAAAACAAAAAUUUUCAGGCUUUCGUAGGGGUUGAGCUGAAUUUACCUCGCUGAGGUAAAAUCCGCCGCCCUCAAAACCGUUGUUGAGGUAAAAUCCGCCGUCAAAAAAGUGACGGUUUUCCAAAAUGGCGGAAUUUACCCGGAGGUGUGAAAAAAGUGUCAAAAAUAGAUGAAAAAACCUCAAACGGAAAAACAAAUUAAAAUAUUAUAAACACUACUGAUUAUUUAAAGAUACGCAAAUAUAUAUUUGUCUGCGUAAUCUCACAGCAAAUUAAAUAAUAAUUACACAUAUAAUAGAUGCAUUAUCUGUAAUAAAAAGAUUGAAAUAUAUGUAAACAUUUUUGGUCCAUUUACAAAAAUGCGGGAGAAAAACCCCAAUAGGUAAUUUUUUAUCUGUACCCAGACUUUAAAGGCAAAAUCAAGAGAACAGAAUACAAAAAAUAGACAAAUAGUAAUUUCCUCAUAUAAAGUUCUUUUUCAGUAUAAUAGAGUACUAGCAACACUUGCACCAUCAGCAAUAUUGGCAAUAUUAUCAAAAGCUAGCACCAUCAGCAAUAAUAGAGAUUAUAGCAAAACUAGCAGCAUCAAUGCUAGCCACAUUAGCAACACUAAGAACACAUGCACCACCAACAAUAAUAGAGAUUAUAGCAACACUAGCAGCAUCAGCAAUGCUAGCAACAAUAGCAACAAUCGCCACACUAGCAAUAAUAGCAACAUUAUUAAAACUAGAAACACAGCAGCAUCAACACUACUAGAAAUUCUAGCAACACUAGGAGCAUCAACACUAUUAGAAAUUCUAGCAGCACUAGCAUCAUUAGCAAUGCUAGCAAAUUUAGCAAUAAUAGCUACACUACGACAUCAGAAUUAG